UCCUCCCUCGAUUUUUUAAUUUUUUCUUUUUUUAUAUAAAUUUUUCUCUUUUUUUCUUUUUUCUUUUUUUUUUUUUUUUUUUUUUUUGGGUGAGCGCACUCGAAAAUUAACAUUCGCGGUGUCCUGCGCGGUGGGAGCACACGCAGCGGAUCAUCAUCAGUCAUUCACCACCUUGACAACCUCGCCUGUGAUUGACAGCCGGAGUGGCAAAAAGCCAUGAGACUUGGUAGUUGGGUUUGAGGGGCACUUUAAAAAAAAAAAAAAAAAAAAAAGAGAGAGAGAGAGAGGAAAAAAAACUGAUUUGGGGAAAGGAUAUUUGCUUUCGCCCCGCUGCUGUCUUGGAAACGAGAGGGGGAGAGUAAGAGAGAGAGAGAGACAGGGAGAGAGGGAAGAAAGAAAGAAAAAAGAAGGAAGGAAGGAGGGAGAGUUGAUUUUUUUUUUUCCUCCUAAUUUUUUUUUUCUCCUUUUUUAAUGCUGAGUUACCGUAUCGCUUCGCUGAGAUCCAGCAAGCCGAAGAUUUUACUCGAUUGCUUCCAUUGCUGGCGACGCUAAGGGAUUUUUGCCUUUUUUUGGGGGGUGAGGGGGGGGGAACUUCGCGUUUCUUUCUUUUCACACUGGCCUUAAAGAGGAUAUAUUAGAAGUUGAAGUAGGAAGGGAGCAAGCAGGCCGAUGGCGCAAAGGUACGACGAGCUGCCCCACUACGGCGGCAUGGAGGGGGUGGGCAUCCCCACCACCAUGUACGGGGACCCCCACGGCGCCCGCCCCAUGCAGCCCGUGCACCACCUCAACCACGGGCCGCCGCUCCACUCGCACCAGUACCCGCACGCCGCCCACGCCAACGCCAUGCCCCCCGCCAUGGGCGCCUCCGUCAACGACGCCCUCAAGAGAGAUAAAGAUGCCAUCUACGGACACCCCCUGUUCCCUCUUUUAGCACUGAUUUUUGAGAAAUGUGAAUUAGCUACAUGCACACCCAGGGAGCCCGGGGUAGCGGGAGGCGAUGUUUGCUCCUCUGAGUCUUUCAAUGAAGACAUAGCAGUGUUCGCCAAACAGAUCCGAGCAGAGAAACCCCUCUUUUCCUCUAAUCCUGAACUGGAUAACUUGAUGAUUCAAGCCAUACAAGUAUUAAGGUUUCAUCUGUUGGAAUUAGAGAAGGUACACGAAUUAUGUGACAAUUUCUGCCACCGGUAUAUUAGCUGUUUGAAAGGAAAAAUGCCUAUCGAUUUGGUCAUAGACGAUAGAGAGGGCGGAUCAAAAUCGGACAGUGAAGACAUAACAAGAUCAGCAAACCUAACGGAUCAGCCCUCCUGGAACAGAGACCACGAUGACACGGCAUCAACGCGCUCCGGGGGAACCCCCGGACCCUCCAGCGGAGGACACACAUCGCACAGCGGGGACAACAGCAGUGAGCAAGGUGACGGCUUGGACAACAGUGUAGCUUCCCCCAGCACAGGUGAUGAUGAUGAUCCAGAUAAGGACAAAAAGCGACAUAAAAAGCGUGGCAUCUUUCCCAAAGUAGCCACAAAUAUCAUGAGGGCAUGGCUGUUCCAGCAUCUAACACACCCUUACCCUUCAGAAGAACAGAAAAAGCAGUUGGCACAAGACACAGGGCUCACUAUACUUCAAGUGAACAAUUGGUUUAUUAAUGCUAGAAGAAGAAUAGUUCAGCCCAUGAUAGACCAGUCCAAUCGAGCAGUAAGUCAAGGAACACCCUAUAACCCCGACGGCCAGCCGAUGGGAGGUUUCGUGAUGGACGGCCAGCAGCACAUGGGCAUCCGAGCACCAGGACCUAUGAGUGGAAUGGGCAUGAAUAUGGGCAUGGAGGGGCAGUGGCACUACAUGUAACCUUCACCUAGGUAACCAAUGGCAAAGCCAGGGGGAAGGCUGCAAAGUAUGCCAGGGGAUUAUGUGUCUCGGGGUAGUCCAAUGGGUAUGAAUAUGGGACAGCCAAGCUAUACCCCGCCCCAGAUGCCCCCCCAUCCUGCUCAGCUGCGUCAUGGCCCCCCCAUGCAUACCUACAUUCCUGGACACCCUCACCACCCAGCGAUGAUGAUGCAUGGAGGACCACCCCACCCUGGAAUGCCCAUGUCAGCAUCAAGCCCCACAAUGCUUCAUACCGGCGAGCCAGCAGUGAGCGGACAAGUGAUGGACAUUCAUGCUCAGUAGCUUAAGGGAAACACACGUUGUCUGCAGCGAUGGUAGAUUUCAAACAUUGUCUUUCUGCAAUGACUAUGGAGUUCUUGGUGUCAACUUUGGACCAAGGGACGUUCCAGUUCUUCACAGGGACCCUGAAAAGCAGGAAAACACCAACCGAAGUCAACUUCUGGGGACAUGCUAAAUACCUAUAUAAGACAUUAAGAGAACAAAGAGUGAAAUAUUGUAAAAUGCUAUUAUACUGUUAUCCAUAUUACGUUGUUUCUUAUAGAUUUUUUAAAAAAAAUGUGAAAUUUUUCCACACUAUGUGUGUUGUUUCCAUAGCUCUUCACUUCCUCCAGAAGCCUCCUUACAUUAAAAAAGAAGCCUUACACUUAUCCUGCAAAUGACAGAAAGGGCUUAUUUGCAGGAUUUUUAGAGCAUUAAAAUAACUAUGUCAGGCAGAAGAAUCUUUCUUCUAUCCUAGGAUUUCAGCCAUGCACACUCUCUCUCUCUCUCCCCCCUCUCUCCUCCUCUCUCUCUGUCUGUCUUUCUUCCCUUUCUCUCCCUUUCUCCCCAUCUCUCUCCCUCUCUCUCUUUCUAGCCUGGGGCGUGAAUUUGCAUGUCUAAUUCAUUUACUCACCAUAUUUGAAUUGGCCUGAACAGAUGUAAAUCGGGAAGGAUGGGAAAAACUGCAGUCAUCAACAAUGAUUAAUCAGCUGUUGCAGGCAGUGUCUUAAGGAGACUGGUAGGAGGAAGCAUGGAAACGGAAAGGCAGUGUAUUUGAAGCCUAAUUGUCACAUCAGAGCAUCCUUGUCCCCAUGCAGCAACCACCACCUUGUACAUCACUUCCUGUUUUAUGCAGCUCGAAACAUGGACUGAAGAUUUAUUUUUAAUAUGUUGACUUUCUUUCUGGGCAAGACAUCGGUCAUGUGUGCAUUUUUUUUUCCAUAGUCCCAUCAUGGAGCAUUUAUGUAUACAUUGUAAAUAAAUUUUGUGCAAAAAGGACUGGAAAAAUGAUCUGUAUUAUUGCAAUUUUUUGUAAAAGUAGCAGUUUGGUAUGAGUUGGCAUGCAUACAGAUUUACUAAGUGGGAUAAGCUAAUUAUACUUUUGUUGUGGUUAAACAAAUGCUUGUUGAUAGCCUUUUUCUAUCAAGAAACCAAGGAGCUAAUUAUUAUUAAUAAUAAUCAUUGCACACUGAGUCUUAGAGUUUCUGAUUGAAACAGUUUGGAUUGUAUAAUAACUCAAAGCCCAGUUGUAGUAGUUUGAGUGCAGUAAUGAAAUCUGAAUCUAAAAUAAAAACAAAUUAUUUUUUGUCA